UACUACUCUUAAUAUAAAAAAGGCUCUCAACUCUCUCAAACAUUUAAAAAAAAAAAAAUGGGUAUGAAAACCUGGUUGAAGGCUGUGGUGAUGUUGAUGAAGAAACAGAGUGUGUUCUUUUGUCUUUAUGUUUUUCACGCAAUUUAUACGUUUGGUUUUGCAGUUCCAUCAGCCUUGAAUACCACCCAUUAUUGCACCUCCACCAAUCCCACCUCCAAUCCCUACUCACUAUUCCUAUCCAUCUACCCGCUCUCUUUGCUAUUCGUCUUUCUCACCAGCCGGGUUCUGAAAGAAGUGGAUGAUUAUCAUGAUAAUAUAUGCAAUAGCAGCUCUGAAGCAUCACCAAGCCCUUAUAGAUCAUCAGAAUCUCGUAGUCUUAAGGUUGCUAUCUCUUUGGCCUUGUUUUUAUGCAUAACGCUUUCCCAGCUUUUGUGGGCUUUUCACUUAACGGGUCUGUGUAUUAUCUGGUGGAGAAUUGCGACUGGUAAUUAAUUGAACGUAUGAGGCAUAAUAGAGCUCCAUAUCUGCAUAUCCCAACGUGAUCAGUAGUUCGACACCCUUCAAUUCUCUCUUUAAUUUCAGCUGUGUUGUUUUAGGUUACUCUUUUUUGGCUUUUACUAUCUUUUAUUUUGUUUACAAUUACAGUCAUUUUGUGGUGUUUCUUUUUAAUUGCUAUUUUUGUUUGAGCAGUUGCAGUACAUUGCCUUUUGGGGCUGUAUUUUAAUUUUCCAAUCAAAUAUAUGUAAGGAAAUUAUGUACGCUUAAUAUAUAUGUAAGGAAAUUAGAAUCUCUAAGAGAAUAUAUA